AUGGCAUCACAUUCUCGUUUUACGGACGAUGUUUGGUGUACACCAGCACCGGGUGCACCACUAAUUGAUCUUCGAACUAUUGAUGAAUUACGAAAUGAAAUCUUUAGUUCAGGCUACGAAGAACUUCAACAAGCUUUAUUUCAAGCUGAAGAAAUGAAAUCCAAAGACUUGUAUGAAAAAUAUGCACCAAGUUUUAGAGAUAAAAAUAAACAAUAUAUUUUUAAAUACAUAAAUGAAAUAAGAGGAUAUUCACCAUCACCCUCAAGAUCAUUGUUAGUAACCCGAUGGAAGCCAUUUCUACCUGAUCGAACACCUGACAAAUUAUCACCAACAUCAACGAAAGUUACAUUUCAAGCGGAUGUAUUUAAAUAUGAAUCAUGCGGUGACAAUAAUAGUGUUGAAUGGUAUUUGAAUUUUGCCAAUCAUGAUUUAUUUGCUUAUUACAGUGGUCCACUUUUAGCACAAGAUGAAUUACAAGUCUUAGAAUGUGUUGAAUUAGCAGCAUUAAGAGAAUUUUUCGUGCAAACGAUAAAUACAGUUGGUUCAUAUACAACUGGGUCAGAUAAACAUACACAAAAAACUGUGCCAACACCAAUUCUAAUAAGUAACACUGAACGUGUAAUUAAAAUGGAUACAACUAAAGUUUAUGGUAAUGCAUUUGCUAAAGCAACUGAGCGGCAACUUAUUCAAGCUUGUGAAUACCUUAAAAAUCCUCAGACCGUUAAUUUAAUUGCUAUUGAAGCACCAAGUCACGGGCGAGGCGUUUAUACUCUCGAUCAAGUGCAAUAUAUUCUUACCACUUGCUAUGUAGGCUUUAAAGCAGCUGAAAUUCUUGCUAAUAAAACUCACCAAUUAAAUGCAGCUCAUCAACGAUCAACGUCUCGUAGCGGAAAUACUCGUUUGCGUACAAUAAUACAUACAGGUUGGUGGGGUUGUGGUGCUUAUGGGAAUAAUCGACAAAUGAUGAUUUUGGCACAAAUUCUUGCAGCAUAUUGGACAGAAGUUCAUGAAAUUAUUUUUCAUACGCAAACAAAUGAGCACAAUAGCGAUAUUUCGGCAGCUCGUGAAGUUGCUGACAAACUGCUCCAAGAAAAAAGCGUUGAUCGAGUUUUAGAAGAAAUUGUUAAAUUAAAUUUACAAUGGGAAAGAUCAAAUAAUACGUAA